AUGGUCCUUUGCAUUUCCCAGCCCCAUCUGGAUUGGGCUGGUUGGCCCAUGCUGUCGUGGAUCCCUCUUGGUGCUCCCUUUCAAAGGUCUCAGCAUCCCCAUGCUACCUCCUGCCGGCAUUUCCACCUGGGUCCCCAGCCUCAGCUCUCCGCCGACUUCGCCCUGCCUCACGCGGUGCAGCCGCAGCCGGGGCUGGCUCCCCACAUGGCCCCGGCGCACCAGCACAGUGGCCCCCUGCACCAGCCCCUGGCCCCGGUGCCUGCCCUGCCCUUCCAAGACGUUGCCGGGCCCUCCUUCCUACCUCAGGCGCUACACCAGCAAUACCUCCUCCAGCAGCAGCUCCUCGAGGCACAGCACCGCCGGCUCAUGCCCCAUCCCAGGAGGUCCCAAGAGCGCAUGUCUGUCCAGCCUCACCGCCUACACCCCAGCUUCGACUUCAGCCACCAACUGCAGACUCCACAACCCAUGGGGCCCCAGCCCAGGUAUUUGGCAGAGGGCACUGACUGGGACCUCAGCGUGGAUGCAGGGCUGACUCAUGCCCAGUUCCAGGUCCGGCCAGUGCCCCAGCCCUAUCAGCAUUACUUGGCUACACCUCGGAUGCACCAUUUCCCCAGAAGUACAUCCUCAACCCAGAUGGUUGUUCAUGAAAUCAGAAAUUACCCUUACCCUCAGCUUCAGCUGCUUGCUCUUCAGGGUCUGAACCCAAGCAGGCACACAUCCGCUGUGCGGGAGAGCUACGAAGAGCUGCUGCAGCUGGAGGACAGGCUGGGCAGUGUGAGCCGGGGUGCCGUCCAGAACACCAUCGAGAGAUUCACCUUCCCCCACAAGUACAAGAAGGCUAGGAAGCUGCGGGCCAAAUUUUCAAAAGGGUCUCAACCUUCUCCCACCCAGCGGGUGCAAUUUCCCCCCUGUCCGCACCUGAGAAGACCACAGGAAGGCAAAGCUGAGCAAGACGAUGGCGAGGAGUCAGAUACCGACGAGAAAUGCACAAUCUGUCUGUCCAUGCUUGAAGAUGGAGAGGACGUCAGGCGGUUGCCCUGUAUGCAUCUCUUUCACCAAGUGUGCGUGGACCAGUGGCUGGCCACCAGCAAGAAGUGCCCGAUCUGCAGGGUGGACAUUGAAACACAGCUUGGCUCGGACAGCUGA